UCAAUUGCUACUCAAAAUUGGUCAAUUCAACAAGGCCGAAGAAUUACAUACAGCACUACUAGAACAGACACCCAACGACAGUGAUAAAGCACAUAUCUAUUAUAUGCUUGGAAUGAUGAAAAAUGACAAAGGGCAAUAUACAGAAGCAGUUUCAUUUUAUGAAAUGUCUCUCAAAAUUAAACAAAAAACUCUUCCAGAAGAUCAUCCUUCAUUGGGUCCUACCUACAACAACAUUGCUCUAGUGUAUAAUAACAUGGGUGACUACUCGAAAGCACUUGAAUUUUACGAAAAAGAUCUCGAAAUCACGAAAAAAGCUCUGCCUUCGAAUCAUCCCGAUUUGGCUACUUCCUACAACAACAUCGGUGGAGUCUAUGUCGACAUGGGUGACUACUCGACAGCACUUAAAUUUUACGAAAAAGCACAUAUAAUAAAAGUAAAAGCUCUGCCUUCGAAUCAUCCCAAAUUGGCUACUUCCUACAACAACAUCGGUGAAGUGUAUAACAACAUGGGUGACUACUCGACAGCACUUAAAUUUUACGAAAAAUCACUUAAAAUAAGAGAAAAAGCUCUCCCUUCGAAUCAUCCCGAUUUGGCUCAAUCCUACAACAAUAUCGGUCAAGUGUAUAACAACAUGGGUGACUACUCGAAAGCACUCUCAUUCUUAGAAAAGGCACUUCCUAUCUUGCAAAAAUCACUUCCACCUAACCAUCGUUAUAUUAUAAUGGUCACAAAUUCAAUUGACAAUGUAAAAAAGAAAAUGUAA